ACCCAGCGUUCACGUCCCAGCAGCAGGUGUAUCUGGACAUCGGUGAGGAGAUGCUGCUUCAUGCCUUUGAGGGCUACAACGUCUGUAUAUUCGCGUACGGUCAGACCGGAGCCGGAAAAUCCUACACCAUGAUGGGAAAACAAGAGCCUGGACAACAAGGCAUCAUUCCACAGAUGUGUGAAGAUCUGUUCAAGCGCACCAGUGAGAACACCGAUCCUGAUCUGUCCUACUCCGUCGAGGUGUCCUAUAUGGAGAUCUACUGUGAGCGAGUGCGGGAUCUGCUGAACCCCAAGAGUAAAGGAGCGCUGCGGGUGCGAGAGCAUCCCAUCAUGGGGCCGUAUGUCGAGGACCUGUCCAAACUCGCUGUGACGUCCUAUACUGACAUCCGAGACCUCAUGGACGCGGGGAACAAGGCCCGGACGGUGGCAGCGACAAACAUGAACGAGACCAGCAGCCGAUCGCACGCCGUCUUCACCAUCGUCUUCACUCAGCACCGCCGAGAUCAGCUGACCAGCCUCGACACAGAGAAGGUCAGUAAGGUGAGUCUGGUGGAUCUGGCUGGCAGUGAACGAGCUGAUUCCUCUGGAGCCAAAGGCGUGAGAUUAAAGGAAGGUGCUAAUAUCAAUAAAUCUCUCACCACGCUGGGGAAGGUCAUCUCCGCUCUGGCUGAAAUGCAAAAGAAGGAAAAGAAAAGUGAGUUCAUCCCAUACAGAGACUCGGUGCUUACCUGGAUACUGAAGGAGAACCUGGGUGGUAAUUCUCGUACGGCUAUGAUCGCUGCUCUCAGUCCUGCAGAUAUUAAUUAUGAGGAAACACUCAGCACUCUCAGAUAUGCUGACCGUGCUAAGCAGAUCCGCUGUAACGCUGUAAUUAACGAGGAUCCAAAUGCUCGUCUGAUCAGAGAACUGAAGGAGGAAGUGAACCGACUCAGAGAACUGCUGCUGUCACAAGGACUGAGCCGGCUGGCCACUGCUCCAGCUGCUGAAGUCAAUAAUAACCAUGUGGGCGUCACUCUAAUGCCUGCUGACCCCGCCUCCAAUGGAGCUCCACCCACAGCCACACCUGUCCCAGGAGAAGGCCCCGCCUCUGAGAGUGACCCCGCCUCUCUGGAUGGCCAUGGCCAAUUAGAAGAGUUUCAGGGCGAGAUGAUUACCAAUGAGGAGGCAGUGGAGAGACUGAAGGAAACAGAGAAGAUCAUCGCUGAGCUGAAUGAGACGUGGGAGGAGAAGCUGAGGAAGACCGAGUCUAUACGCCUGGAGAGGGAGUCGAUUCUGGCAGAGAUGGGAGUGUCCAUUAAAGAGGAUGGAGGAACUGUCGGAGUGUUUUCACCUAAAGGGACUCCUCACCUGGUGAAUCUGAACGAGGAUCCGCUGAUGUCUGAGUGUCUGCUGUACUACAUCAAAGAGGGUGUGACCAGGGUUGGUCAGAAGGAUGUGGACAUCAAGCUCAGUGGUCAGUUCAUUAAAGAGCAGCACUGUGUGUUUUACAGCUACAUCAACCAGAACGGAGGAGGUAAGAGUGUGCUACUGAGGUGGUCUAUUCACCAUCCGCGUGUCUCUCUCAGGUUACAGGACGUGGAGAUUCAGUAUCGGAGAGAGAAAGAGGAAGCAGAUCUACUGCUGGAGCAACAGAGACUGUACGCAGAUUCAGACAGUGGAGAUGAUUCUGACAAACGCUCAUGUGAAGAAAGCUGGAGACUCAUUUCGUCCCUGAGAGAGAAACUACCAGCUAACAAGGUUCAGUCCAUAGUGAAGCGCUGCGGUUUACCCAGCAGCGGCAAACGGCGCGAGCCGCUCCGCGUCUAUCAGAUCCCGCAGCGCAGGCGCAUCAGCAAAGACCCCCAGCAGGUGACCAUGAGCGACCUGAAGCUGCAGGCAGUGAAGGAGAUCUGCUACGAGGUUGCGCUCGGAGAUUUCAGACACUCACGGCAGGAGAUGGAGGCGCUGGCCAUCGUCAAGAUGAAGGAGCUCUGCCGCAUGUACGGCAAACGAGACGCAGCCGAGAGCGAGGCCUGGAGGGAGGUGGCGCAGGACGUGUGGGACACGGUGGGCAUCGCAGACGAGCGCACGCUGGAGACGACAGACGGAGAGAGCGGUGUGUGUGACCUCAGAGCGCACGUCCACAAACUGACCGACAUCCUGCAGGAGGUCAAAGAGCAGAACAACAUGAAGGACGAGGAGAUCAGAGCCCUCAGAGACCGAAUGAUAAAGAUGGAGAGCAUCAUCCCGACAGUGCAGCAGGAUGAUGAUGAUGAUGAUGAUGAAGAAUCAGAGGAACUGCUUGUGAACGGCCAUCAGGGGCGGGGCGAUGACCCGGAUGGGCGUGGCCCUCUGGAGCCCCUCCCUAAAGAGAAGCGAGUGUCACGACUGAUGGAAGAAGACCCCGCCUUCCGGAGGGGCCGCCUGCGCUGGCUCAAGCAGGAGCAGUUGCGUCUGCACAACCUGCAGCAGCAGCAGAUCACCAAGCUGCUGCGCAGAGGGGGCGGAGCCGGGGGCGGGGCCGGGGAGGGCGUGAUCCACCUUCCUGGAACGGGACGCUUCAUUCCCCCUCAGGACUGCAAGCUGAAAUUCCCCUUUAAGAGCAACCCACAGCACCGGCUCUCCUGGGGCCCGAAUGCAUCCGUCACUCUGGACGAUCUCAAGGAUGAGGGACGAGGCCCCGUCCCCGGCAUGCCGUUACUUCCUCUACCGUUCCAAGUGCCGGUCGUCAUGCGUGCGCCCUCCCUCAGUCGCCCCUGGCAACCUCCCCAAUACGGCAAUGGAAACUAUGGCAACGGCAAUCCGUUUCCUCAGCAACAGUGGCGCUACAGGCGCAACUCACUGGAUGGCUCCACCGUGCCUGGCAACCAGGGUUACUAUAGCAACGGGCACCACAACAAUAGCGGCGCGAAGCAUUCGGGACGCGGUCGCUAUCGGCGACAGUCGCCGGGUCCUUGCGCGCGCGGGGAGGGGGCGGACGCACAACCGUACAUCAAUCAUCAGUGGCCCGCUUUCCAGACUCUACCGCACACGCUUUCCGAUCAACAGCGCGGCAGAAACCAAAAACCACAUGGCUACGUCACGCCGCCGCGCAUGAGACGGCAGUACAGCGCCCCCGACCUGAAGAGCAAAGGAACGCCCGUCUGAGAGUCCGUCGUUUUACUGUCCUUCACUUACGAUGUCAUGAAAUACAAGCCAUGUUGUUUUGAUGGGUUAGUUAACAGUCUCGUGUAGCCAGACUAUCAGCAGAGAGUUCAUUCUGGCCAAGAACCGCCCACUUUUGACAGGAAGAGAGCGUUUGAGUGACAGUUAAGACCAGUUCACGACGAGAGAGAUAACUAUGAUGAUGAAGCUUUAAUAUUCGCUCUUAAGGUGAGCUCACAUCUACUGUAGUUCCGCACAUUUUUGCAGGCGAAGUCAAGUCGUUUUAAUAGGAAUCUACGCGAUUGGGAAUUUCGCUUUUUUUCGUUUUAGUUUCAAAUGUGUUGCUUUAAACAACUUGUGUUUUAUGUAUCAGUACACUUUUGAUUAUGCACAAAAGACUUUUUUAGUUUUUAAAUUUUGAAUAUAUUUUGCUAAUGUAACCAUCACUUAAUUAGAAGUCUGCAUCACAACUAUAACGAUUAGUUCCGCACAUUUUUGCAGGCGAAAUCAAGUCGUUUUAAUAGGAAUCUACGCGAUUGGGAAAUUUUCGCGGAAGAUUUCGCAACUGGUUCAAGUUGGUCUCGCAAAUUUGCUGCGUUGACCAGCAAAAAAGCUGCUUGGAUUAAAAGCGAUUUCUUAGUUUGAAAAAAAAACAAAACAAUGGAUCUUUUUUUCCGUCUGUGAAAUUUCGUCAAGAAAUCGCAAAUGUGACCUGGCUUCGAGCAGUCAUUUAUGUAUCCCUACACUUUAGAUAACGGACAGCCGGCCUUUUUCAGUAUGCACAUUUUUGAACAAGUCCGCAUCGCAACUAUAAUGAUAAUGACUGAGGAACGAUAUCAUUGGAAUCAUUUCAAAACAAUGUUUUUUCCAG